AUGGUUGAAGUAUUAUCACUAGUAUCACAUCCGUCUAGGAUACCCAAUACAAAAUCCAGAAAGUUCUUUCAAAAAUUUCGAGAUUUGGUUCAUUAUUUAAUUCAAAAGGCAAAUGCAGAAACUGAUUCAAAUCAUCCUAUUGUCAUUAUAAUAUCUCAAGAAGAUAACAGAUCUACCUCAUCAUUAGAUUUACUUUUAUUUAAUGAGAAGUUAUUAUUAUUACGAUAUUAUUUUGGCCAUUUGAAUUUAAUCGUUUGUAAUGAGUCAGUUACUCUGAAACAUUUAGAAGCACCAAUAGAACAAGUUACACAUUUGAUUACUAAUAGAAUAUCCCGAGUUGAAACUUGGACCGGAACAGGACCAAAUCCAAUAAAUGACAAAUAUAAUACAACCACAACUGUUCAUAAUGCCCAUCUGCAUCAUGAUAAUCAUCAAAAUAGUAAUAACAUUCAUCCUCAUAAUAAUAGUAAUAGCAUAGGCUUUGUACCGCCAAAAGUAUCUGGUAUUAUCCCUACCAUGACAUAUAUAUUAAGCAACAACUGUACAAAAGCCGGAAGCACAUUUAACACCCUAACUCAUUUCAAAGACCUUAUUCUCGAUGAAAUCAAUAUGAUUGAAUUAUUAUCAAAUCAUGACCCAAGUCAUUUAUCCCAAUUAUGUCAUGCCGUUGGAAAUUGGGCAUUCCCUGCACAUGAAUUAACCAAUGAUGAUUUAGUAUAUUGUGCAUAUUUAAUGAUUCAUUAUGCAUUGCAACAAAUUGAUCCUAAUCAAUAUCCCGGAUUGAAAUUUCUUAAUAAGAAUGAGUUAUUGGGGAUGAUAUUUAUGGUACGAGAUACUUAUAAGAAUGGGAAUCCAUUUCAUAAUUUCCGUCAUGCUGUUGAUGUCCUUCAAGCUUGUUUUCAUUUCUUGGUUAGAUUGGGAUGUUUACCCAAAUUUAAAUAUUUGACUACUGAUCCUGAAGUGGAAAUCGAAGAACAAGAACCAACAGAUGGUUCAGUUGAAGAUCUUCAGACUGAAUUGGUUGUUGCUGAGAAUAUUAAUGGAAGUGAUGAUGACAAGAAAGAACCAUGUUUGAAUCCAUUACAAACUUUGGGAUUAUUGAUUGCUGCAUUAGGACAUGAUGUUGGACAUCCUGGGGUAACUAAUUUAUUUAUGAUUAAGAAUGGUGCACCAGUUUCAUUAAUUUUCAAUGAUAGAUCAGUAUUAGAAUCCUAUCAUUCAUCAGUAUUUAUUAAUAAGAUAUUACGAGUGAAUUGGCCAAGUUUAUUAACUACCAAAACCGAUGAAGAAUCAGGACUAACUAUUAGAGAAUUGAUCAUCUCAUCAAUAUUGGCAACUGAUAUGGGAGAACAUUUUGAAUAUAUUCAUAGAUUAAAGAAUUUGACUACUCAUCAUGAUGAAUCGAUUAAUUACAGUAGUAAAGUGAAAUUAAUUGCUUCGUUAUUAAUCAAAUGUGCUGAUAUUUCUAAUGUAACUCGACCCUUACGAGUUUCUGCUCAAUGGGCAUUGGUAUUAGCAAGAGAAUUUGAUGAAGUUGCAUUAUUGGAUUCUAAAUUAAAUGAAGGGAAAGAAAUUGAUUUUAAUUCAGAAAUUUCUUAUAAUCAUGUUGCUCAUGAUUUAAAUGAUAUCUUAAAGAUUAAUCCAUGUUUACAUAAGGGGCAAAUAUUUUUUAUUAAUACAUUUGCUGAGAAUUUAUUUAAUAAUAUUGCAGAAUUAUUACCAGAAUUGAGAUAUACUUGUGAUAUAAUUAAAGAGAAUAAGGAAUUUUGGUUGGCUAGAAAUAAUUAA